UCUCCAGAUUAGUGAGUUUUAUUGUUUUAUAGCACAAUGUUUGAUUUCCAGUUCUGUCUUAGCAGGAAACCCAGUACAGAUCACAGCUCAUUUGUGAACACAUAGGCUACUGUAUUGCAAGGCUGCAAAACAAAUAAUGAAAUCAGGCAGGUAUACUUUAAACACAGUUACUGGAGGCACAACUGAACCUCUCUGCCAGGAUGAAGGAAAAGCUCGAGUGUGCAGAGGAAGUAGGUGUUUGGUGUUGAUGACAGUGUGUCUCGGGCUCAUUUGUGUUCUUCUGCUGGUCUUCAUCAUAGUGAAGCACAUCUCCAUCACAGCAGAGAGAGAAUCUCUGUUCAAGAGUUACAAGAACACAGUUGAAGAGUUCAAUCAGACCAUCAACAGCUUACAGGACGAAAACACUGAACUAAUGAAUGAAAAAGACCAAAUGAAGAACAGUUCAAACUCUUUAAGUCAGAAGAAACGGGAACCGCAGACCAGUGCCAAAGAUCUCACUGCUGAGAAAAGCCAGUUACAGGACAGUUCAAACUCUUUGAGUCAGACGAAUCUGGAGCUGGAGACCAGAGUCAAAGAUCUCACUGAUGAGAAAAGCCAGUUACAGAACAGUUUCAACUCUCUGAGGCAGAAGAAACUGGAGCUGGAGACCAGAGUCAAUGAUCUCACUGCUGAGAAAAGCCAGUUACAGGGAAGUGUUGGUGCUUUGAAUAAGAAGAAACAGGAGUUAGAAAGCAAAGUCACAUCUUUGAGUAAAGAACUAGAGAAGGACAAAUCUAAACGAGGAAAUCUGUCUGGUCCUGUUUGUUUGUUCAAAUCCAAUGAGUCAAAGAGCUGGUCUGAGAGCAGGCAGUACUGCAGGGAUCAUGGUGGUGAUCUGGUCAUUAUCAACACUGAAGAGAAGCAGAGGUUCAUAUCUUCUUUAGUCAAAGAGUUUGUGUGGAUUGGUUUGUCUGACUUUGAGAACGAGGGCAACAUGAAAUGGGUGGAUAAUUCACCACUGAAACAAGGAGGUCAGUAUGCUCUGGGUGAGAGGACAUGGGUUGGCCCAGCUUGGAGCAGAGCAAGAUAAGUGAUGAGCUCAAAGAAAAAUACAACGGCAUGUUGAGUCUCCAGCAGGAUCUGCGCUUCGGCUGCGGCUAAUCCGUCAAAACGGCCCUAAUGCCAGACUACUGCUUUUGAAGACAUAAUUAAAUAUUAUAAAUCAGGAAAAUCAGAAUAGAUUAAUUUUCAACUUUAAAUGUAUGUUAAACAUGAGUUAAUUUUGACUGUUGCUCAGAUUUUUUAUUUUUUUUUUUUUUUAUCAGCUAUCCUGUUACUCAGUGAAUAAAUUAUGUAAACCAGCAUGAUUUACUUACACUGCCUUUCUUUACUUACAACUGCUAUUCUUCACAUAGCAUAGCAUAUUUCCAUAAUAAAAGAAGUCUAGAAAGAUCAUCUGUUCUGACCAUUCCCUUAUUCACUGUCCCAAAACUGAUUUAUGUCGCGAUGCAAAAUUAUAUUAUAAUCUUUACUUUAGAGUAACCUUAUGUUGCCUGAUGAACCUUGUGUUGUGUAAGUGCAAUUUUCCAAUAAUUCAAGCUCAGCAGGAUCUCAAAGUAAAAUGAAAUGAAAGUAAGUUUCUUUAGAGGGAAAUGUGUAUUUGUGUUUAACACAGCACAUCAGACUGAAGUUCAUCACCUAUAGUGACACUGAGCACAAAUUGUACUCAAUAGAAAGUUCAGAAUGGACCUUGUGCUGCAACAAGUUCAUUUUAAUGAUUCUCUUUGCAGUUUUUAAAACAAAAGAGUGUAUUAUAUAAAAGAUAAAUAAUGUGUUAGUUCUGUUUGUAGUCAUUUUGUGAGUAAAAUCUGAAGGCAAGAAAUAUUUUACUAAUAUUCACCAGUAUUUGAAGAAAGUUACACAAUGAGCUGUGCUGUUUGUCACUAUGCAAGACAAAACAGCUCUAAAAUCAACUUUAUAUUAUUAUAUAUUAAAAAGUAUCCAGUUAAUAAUACAAUUUAUAGAAAUAUUUAUGAAUAUGUUGGCAUAUUUAUGUUAAUUUCUUAAUUUACAGUUGAGUUUGGACCCUGGAAUGUAGUUUCAGUGAAAUUAAGGGGGGGGGAGUCCCUGCACCCAACAUGUUUGACAUUGUUCACAUUUUUUAAAAAAUUUUUAAUGAAGAUGUACAGUGCAUCAAAGUUUAAAUUCUUGUGUGUCAGCGAUAUGUCAAUUCUAGGGGAGGUUCUCUAUAUUACAUCCUGCACUCAUCCUCCUAAAGUCCACAGCUCAACUGAAGAGACGCAGAAGUCAAAAUGGAACUGGAGGGCAUUUAUAAAAAUGUUGACCGCGAGACCUGCAGCAAGGGCAAUGAGCAGGGACUGGGCAGAGAUGAAGAUAUUUAUGCUAAUAAGGACCAAAAACUCAGCCAGACUGAAGCAAGAGCUCAAAACCAAAGAGGUUUAACAGGGCGAAGUAAGUGUGUUGUGUUGAGCACAGUAUGCUUUGGCCUCAUGUGUAUUCUCCUUGUGGCCACCAUUAUAGUACUGCAAAUCAAGCUCACGGCAGAGAGAGAGACACAAGCUACGCACAUGUUACAGACCAGUUCAAGAUAUCAAACUGAAAUGGACCAGUUACAGAACAGUUUCAACUCUUUGAGUCAAAAGAAACUGGAGCUGGAGACCAGAGUCAAAGAUCUCAUUGCUGAGAAAAGCCAGUUACAGAGAAAUUUUGACUCUUUGAGUCAGAAGAAACUGGAACUGGAUAUCAGAGUCAGUGAUCUUACUGCUGAGAAAAACCUGUCGGAGAGCAGGGUCAAAGAUCUUACUGCAGAGAAAAGCCUGUUGCAACAAAGUUUUGACUCUUCGAAUCAGAAGAAACUGGAGCUGGAGACCAGAGUCAAUGAUCUCACUGCUGAGAAAAGCCAGUUACAGAGCAGUUUCAACUCUUUAAAUCAGAAGAAACUGGAGUUAGAGACUGAACUAAGGAAGUUAUCUGAGCAAGCAAUUGGCUGUCUUGUCGCGUCCAAUGAGGAGAAGAGCUGGUCUGACAGCAGGAAGUACUGCAGGGAUCGUGGUGGUGAUCUGGUCAUUAUCAACACUGAAGAGAAGCAAAGGUGCAUAUCUUCAUUCACCAAAGAGAUUGUGUGGAUUGGUUUGUCUGACAUUGAGAACGAGGGCAACAUGAAAUGGGUGGAUAAUUCACCACUGAAACAAGGGUUUUGGGAAGAAAAUGAGCCGAAUGAUGCAGGUGGAAAGGAAGACUGUAUUGAACUGAAUCCUGGAAAAACUGUCCUGAACAACUGGAAUGACAUCCCAUGCUCAGCGAUGAGAAAAAGCGUUUGUGAGAUUUAGAAUUCAUUCUUUAAUUUUCACACUUUUUAAUAAUAAUUUGAUUCUAAAAAUACUUGUUUCACCUUAAUAUUUAUAUUGUGAUUUUCAUUCUUGGUAAAGGUUCUUGUCAGCAAAGCUAAUGUCUUACAAUUAUUAUAACUGAUUCACUGGUUUCAAUUUUUAUGUAUCUUAUUUUUUUUAUUUUUUUAUUUUAUGUAUCUUCCAGUAUAUAAAAAAGUAGUUUCUUGAUUUUCUAGAUUUCUCACUGCAGUAAUAACUGAAGGCAUCCUUAGAAAUGGUUUCUAAAACAGAUUUCCUGUGAAUUAUCUGCUUUUUAUGAUUUUAUCUUUUUAUGAAAUCAUUGCUUCAAUUUCUGGAUCCUGUCCUCUUUUUUUAUUGUGCUAUCCAAAGAGAAAAAUAUGCAUACUUACCUGGGAAUAAUUUGAGAUUUAUGCUGCCUUCACAUGCUUUCAGAACAGAGGGCAGUGGGCAGAACUAUUAAGCACUCCGCAGUGCCAUUGGCUAGCACUCAACUAUCACCAAAUCAAGUCGCUGAACGCAGACGUCAUUAAUAUUUAUGAGCCCAACACUCUGCCAGAUAUUUAGUGUGAUAGACACAUCACGAAGAGCUGCUGACAAUAUGCUGUUUAUCAGAGGGACGAUGUCUUUGAUUAUAUUAUAAUUUGAUAUUUCUGAAGUGAUAAAAUUAGAUUUUUAGUAACAUUUAGUGAUUUUUACAGAAACGUCCAGUGUUGUGCAAGUUACUUCCAAACUGUAAUACAUUAUAGAUUACUACAAUAUAGCUUAUAAUUGGCAAAGUGAAGGCUCAAGACAAUGCAAGAAUGACAGACAGAAUCACAAACUAUCCAAGUCUGUUAAAAGUAUGGUAGAGGUAUAAAGUGAUUAUCUGACAAACUUGAAGUAAUGCGCAUACGUCCAUCUCGUGAAUUGUUGAUAUCAGCCACACCCUGCUUCAUUAGGAAAUGCAACUUUUCUAUGCUACUUGUACCUCUUCUGCUUAUAAAGAAUACACAGCAAAAUCCCCAGUGUUAAAUUAACACUCAAAGUGUACAUAUGAGUCCAUCUUGCCGGGUGUUAAAAAGUAACUCUGAAGCAGGGCCACAGCUCUGCACAGUUUAGCUCCAACCAGCUCCAACUCACACCUGCUUGGACAUUUCUAGUAAUCCUGAAGACUUUGAUUAACUGGAUCAGGUGUGUUUGAUUAGGGUUGGAGCAAAACUGUGCAGAGCUGUGGCCCUCCAGGAAUUGAGUUUGAGACCACUGGUUUAAUGGCUGGAAGUCAGUUGUAGUUGUCGUGUUUCUCUCUUUUUCUCUUGUUGUUUCUUCAGUGAUUCUGCUUAUUAACAUCAGGUGUCACUACUGAUUGUCAAUCAUAACUCAAUCAUCAAUCAAUUAUCUCAUUAACUUUAACACUGCUUCAGAGUUACUUUUUAACACCCGGCAAGAUGGACUCAUAUGUACACUUUGGGUGUUAAUUUAACACUGGGGAUUUUGCUGUGUAAUAAUGACAACACAACUGAGAUUUAAGAAGAAAAAACAUUUAUUGAAAUAAGUGAUUUAUAAGCAAUAAUAAUGACAACACAACUGUGAUUUGAAGAUAAAGAAAAAAAAAAAACAGAUGUUUGACUUAUAGAGAAAAACAAGAGAUAGCUGUUUAUGAAGGACAGCUGUCAUAAGAGAUAUAUUGGAGGAAGAGACAUGUUUGAUAACUUGUUUAUGUGAAAACAGUGGAAAAGAGUUAUGAGAGAUAACUGUUUAUGAAAAAAAAACUGUGAAAAGUGAUAUAUUGGAGGAAGAGACAUGUUUGAUAACAUGUUUGUGUGUAAACAGUGAAAAGAUGUUAGCUGUUUAUGAAGUACAGCUGUCAUAAGUGAUAUCUGUUUAUAAAAGAAAAAUUAUAACAGAGAUAGCUUGUUGGAAAUGAUGUGUAAGAAAAACAGAAGAAAUGUUUUAUAUGAAAGAAUGUAGAAAAAAGAAAAACCCCAACAACAGAUGUUUGUAUUAAAGAAUGAAACACAA